UGUCUGAAAUUCAGUUUAGUGGGAAUUUGUUACAAAACCGGAAGAAGAGGAACUACUGGAGCUUUGUUGGAGCCCAUCAUGGGGGACAUCAAGCUCUGCCUCUUCCUUCUCCUCAGUGCUUACGCUCUCGCGGAUACGAGCGUUGAAGUCACUGAUGAAGAUUCACAGCCAUCACUAUGCCCACUGGAAUCGAGAUACAAGAACUUCAGAAAAUAUACUUACGACUACACAGCUGAGAGCACCAAUGGAGUGUCCGGCACGGCUAACAUCAAAAACGGACCAAGAAUUACCUGCAAGGUGGAGCUGGAGGUUCCUCAGACGUGCAGCUUCGUCCUCCGUACUGCUGACUGUGCCCUGAGUGAAGUGGCGCUCAUCAGUGCUCAGGGUCAGCCCGUCUACAAACCAGUGGCUGGAUCUGACCUGUUCCAGGCAGCCAUGGAGAAGAACCCUCUGAAUUUCGUGGUGGAGCAGGUGACAGAAGUUUCUGUCUUUCCUAAAGAGGAUGAGCCUGAAAACAUUCUGAACAUCAAGAGAGGAAUCAUCUCUGCUCUGCUGUCUCCUGUCAUGGAGGAGGAGCACAAUAAGAAAAUGCCUACUAUUCACGGCCUGUGCAGCUCUGAACUCACUGUAAACUCGAGGAAAGAUAUCGAUGUUGACGUGACGGUGGAGAGAGAUCUGUCCCAGUGCAGCAACUUCUCUCCUCAGAACCUCCCGACCAGCCCGCUGUCCCUCACGCCGGGCCUGAAUGGACUCGUUUCUAAGCUCAUCAGCAGCAGCCAGACCUGCAACUAUCAGUUCGAUAACAGAAAGAAACACAUGACUGAAACUCAGUGCCGAGAGAAACACGUCUUCAUCCCCUUCUCUCACGAGGAUCAGUACGGCAUCGUCUCUGAGGUAAAACAGAGUCUCGUCCUCCAGGAAUCAUCAAAGAUCAACAACAGAUAUUUCAGCAAUGAAGGAUCACUGCACAGAAAGCUCUUCCCAGAGGAAGUGGAGGAGAAGCUGUUCAGUCAGAAUAAAGAGGACGUCCUGAGCUCCAUGCAGACCCUCUCUGAUCUGUCCCGGUUGGGGAGGAAUCAGGAAAGAGCUCGUCUGUUUCAGAAACUGGUCUCUCAGGUCCGCGGGAUGAAGAACGAGACGUUAUCCUCGGCGGUGGAGGAGAUGGCGAGGAUCUCCGGGUGGUUGAGCUGGCAGGUUCUGCUGCAGUGUGGAAGCAGUGAGUGCAGCAGUGCUGCUCUGCAGAUCCUCAGAGGUCUGGAGGGGUCCGGCGGGGAGGUGGACGCUGUGGUAUACACUCUGGCGCUCCUGUCCCGUCCCGACCCACAGCGUCUCAGAGACAUACUCACCACCGCCCAGACCCGUCCCACCAAAACCGUCCUGUACGCCCUCGCUAACACCGUCAAAAAGUUUCCACUGAAAGAUGCUCAGAUGAUCCCUGAGGUGAGAGAAGUGGCAGAAUUCAUGGAGUUCCUGCUGGGAGAUUGUUCAGGAGACCAGGACCAAACCUUCCUCACACUGAGGGUUAUUGGUGUGAUGGGAAAAUAUAUGGAAGGCUUCCCCUCUCUGAAAUCCUCCCUCCUGAGAUGCAUCCGUCAGAGUGACGCUUCACUGUCUGUUCAGAAGUCGGCCGUUCAGAGCUUCAGACUGAUGGAGAUCGAUCCGGACGUCUCCAGAGCUCUGAUGGAUCAGUAUCAGGAUGCAGAAGCUCCUGCUGAGAAACGCAUUGCUGCUUAUUUGAUGCUGAUGAGGAACCCUGAGCUCGUACACGAGGUGCUGAAGACCCUGAGAGACGAGUCGAAUCUGCAGGUCAAGAGCUUCGUUAUCUCCCACAUCAGCAACCUCAUGGACCUCACUGACCCUGAUCUCCAGACAAUAAAGGACUACAUCACGAGAGCCCUGGAGAACGACGAGAACCUCUCUGCUGCAGAUUUCACCAAGUUUUCCCGUAAUUACAAGGUGGCGGUGCCGCGGGCCGGAUCUGUACAGAGCAAUGUGAUUUUUGACUCGGUUAAUUUCAUGCCCAGAGAAGUCAUGUUAGCCACCACUCUUGAUGCCUUCAGCGCAGAGAUACUCGAGAUCGGUCUGGAGGGUGAAGGUUUGGAGCCAACUAUUGAUGCCCUGUUUGGAGAGAACGGUUUCUUCCCUGAUGUUAUCUCCAGAGCUUUAUACUGGGCCAAUGAUAAGGUGCCGCACCAAGCAAAGCAGGUUCUGGAAAAAUGGACCGGCCCUUUAAAAGACAACAGGAUGAAGAGAGAGGUCUCCCAAAACAUAUUUAACCAGAUAAAGGAGAACUUUGGGAAGUUUGGCGACGCCCUCAAAAACCUUGAAGAAAACAAAGAUGCGCCCAAAGCCAUGGCCUACCUCCGCUUUAUGGGAACAGAACUGGGUUAUAUGAAGACCAGUGAACUCAAUGGCAUGAUUGAAAAUAUCAUCAAAUACGCUGAGCUGUUCUUCAGCACCGUGCCCAAAGAGGUCUUCAGGAAAGUGUCAUCUGGAACCGAUAAUGAGCUUUUUGCUCACUACAUGUUCCUGGACAAAGCCUUCACACUUCCCACUGGUGCCGGUCUCCCUCUGAAACUCUCAAUGGCUGGAGUUUUUGCCCCUGGUGCUUCAGGAGGACUGACAUUUGACCGUAGCAUGCAACAGCUCACAUUCAGACCGUCAGCCGGAGUGGAGUUUGUGACUCAGAUGGGCGUCUUCCUCCCCGAGUUUGUUGAUGCUGGAAUUCAGAUGCACACGAACAUUUAUCACGAGAGCGGCCUGAACGCUAAAGUCACAGUUACAGGAACCCAGGUCCAGCUUUCCAUCCCAACACCUGAGAGGAACACCCAGCUGAUCAGCGUCAGCAAUGAGCUGCUCUCCCUGACGUCCACUAUGACGAGGAAAGUGUCUCCUAUUGUGGAGGACAGGACUGAUGCUACAGAGUGUAAUCCCUUCUUCCCUGGACUGAAGUACUGCACUAUAAUCCGCUAUUCAAACGCCAGCUCAACCAACAGCGCCCCCUACUUUCCCCUCACUGGAGAAACUCGGUUUGCUGUGGAGCUUCAGCCCACUGGAGACGUGACGGAAUACACAGCGACUCUGGCCUAUGAGCUCCUGAGAGAGGGAAAGGAGGGACGUCAUAAAGUCGAUUCUCUGAUGUUUUCUCUGAAGGCAGAAGGUCCCACACCCACAACGGCUACAACAGCUCUGAAAUACAACCGCAACAAGAACUCCUUCACCAGCGAACUUCAGAUCCCUGACUUUGAUGUAGAGGCUGCUGUGAAGGUGGAAGUGACCGACGUCACCAGAAAAGGAAAGAAGAUACGCGGAAUUUCAGUCGACGUCACCAACAAAAAGAAUCUGUAUCUGUCUCUCGUUGGACGGGCCAGAGUGGAGUCCAUGGAUGAUGUUGAAUUGGAGCUGGAGAUGGCGGCUCCUGCUCUGCAGAUGGAUGCUUCCACUACGGCCAGUCUGAAGAACACUAAUGGUCUUGUUCUGGAAAUGGACACCCGCCUUAACUGCCCGGAGACUUUCUCUAAGCAGGAAGUCGUCUUUAGAUACGAUGAGAAGAAGGUUGAGCUGGAGAUGAAGUCAGAUAUGAACUCUGAAUUGGCGAAACUUCUCCCGGAUAUGGACGAGUACAGCAGGCAGCUACAGACGUAUGUUGACGACAUCCUCGACCAGAAGGUGGCAAAAACUGACAUGAAGCUCCGCCAUAUUGUGAUGAAGGGUAUUGAGGCAGGUAACAUUUGGCUGGACAAGUUUGGGGAAAACAUUCCAUAUUUGAAGAAUCUGAGGAACAGGAGAGACAUUCCAGAGAUCCAGAUGCCCAGUUUACCAGAACAGCUGUAUUUCAAACAUGAUGCACUGUUCCGGUACGAGUUUAACAAGGAAAGAGCAUUCUUCUCACUUCCUCUUCCCUUCCCUGGGAUGACAUCUGAACAUCUAAACCUCCCCUCUGAGAUAACCCUCCCUCAGGUCCAGGUCCCUUACCUCGGCCUUAUUAAACCUGAAACUCGGCUGCGCGUCCCUUCGUUCACCGUCCCCUUCAGCCUGGACUUCUCCGUCCCUCGGCUUGGAGUCGCAGAACUUUCUGCUAAAGUCAAAACCAACUUCUACGACUGGGAGGGUUCAGUCUCAGGGGGGAACUACACAGCUGACGUUCCGAGCUACAUCGCUAAAUACAGAGUUAUGGCCUCCUCUCCUCUCUCAGCUCUUUCACAUAAAGUUGAAGGUACAGCCCUGGUGUAUGGCACUAUGGAUGAUGACUUCAAGUACCUUGUAAACGGAUCCUUCAAUCACAAUUUCCUUGACGCCAGUUUCAGUGCCUCUGAAAGCUUAACUGUUACUGAAAGCGAGAGUACAGAAGUGAUAGAGAAGAUGAAAGGCUCUGCGAUUUACAAGUAUGAAGUAACCAGCCCACUUGGUCUUCAUACAUCCCUCUAUUAUUCUACUCAGGUCACUUCAAUGGGCUUUGAAAUGGCUGGAGAUUCCAAUUUGGAUGGAGCCUUAAAAAUUGGUCCUUUCUAUGCAAACUCUGCAUACACCCAAUCCUACACCGCCAAUAUACUAGAAAACAGGGGAAGAGGGGAAUCCAUGCUGAGGUUUGACACCUCGUUCAUCAAGGGGAAAACUGUGAUCAAGGGAGAAUACCUUGACGAAAAGCUGACGAUCGUUUCCAAAACAAGUGCUGAAGAUGAUACUCUGAUGCACACAGGUGAAAUCAUGUAUGAGGAUGGCCAAUUGACCCUGAAGUCAGAUCUCAGUGCUGAGGCACUAGGAAAAACCAUCCACUCUCAAAGUGAGCUGGGCUUGACAGGGGAAAAAGUCAGCUUCAGAAUUGAGACCGAGGCAAAUUAUGAAUCAAAUCGAGCAUUUUCCCUGCUUACAGGGGCUCUGAAUGGUAACGGACUUGAAAUCAACACAGACGCUUCCCUUACCUUUGAGGAGAGCCGAGGAAUGCACAAAGGUACUCUUACCCUGGGACUGACUGGCUUGGCCACAAGCUGUACAACAACACUGCAGUGCAGCUCCAUGACCUUCGAGAACAACUUCAACGCCGCCGUUGACGGAACAGGAGCUUCCAUGUAUCUUCUUUCUAAAGGAUUAGCUCAGGACAACACAGCAGAGCUGAGAGUAGAGGGCAAGAUCUCAGACAUUGAAGCUUCUCUAAACAGUGUUUUUAAAGGCAAUGUUUUUGAUAGUAAUGCAAGAAACACAAUGAACUUGGGUCUGAACCAGCAGGGACUGACCUUCUCCAACAUCAUGAGAGGUACGCUGCAGAAGAUGAGGACUGAGAGUACCCAUACCCUGACCGUAACUCUGUGGACUCUGGCCUUCCACUCCAAAACAGACAAUUUCAUCUGUGAUGGUGCUUCAUAUAACCAUGAUAUUAAGCUUAACAUGAGACCUUUUUCUGCAUCAGUUGUUUCAGCCAAUAACCUUGAGAUGUUUGACCUCAGCGUCGGCAAGGAGAGCAAUAUUAAGAUGGAACCAUUCAAAUUAGAUGCGACCGGAAGCAUCACUGGUAAAUACAAGGAUGAGGACACCGUCAAGAGUACAUGUGGAAUCAGCUUUGCAGAUUUGUCUGCUUCCAUAAAAUGUGAUUCAUCUGCUGAUGUUUUGGAUUCUCAGGUCAGUCACAACUUUGAACUGGAUGUUGCUGGACUGUCUUCUGUUAUUAAAAGUGAGAUGAAACUGAAGUCUACGACACUACGCGUUGAGAAUGUCAUCCGUACAAUGGCUAUGCCAUUUAGCUUAACUGUUGAUGCCAUUCUAAAUGGUGAUGGUUCAGUGAGGUUCUAUGGUAAACACACUGGUCAACUCUACAGUAAAUUCCUCCUGAAAGCAGAACCGUUUGCAAUUGCUGAGUCUCACGACUGGAGAGCCUCUGCUACACACAUGCUGACGAAUGGAGAUUCUGCUGAAACUCACGUUGAAAACAAGUUUGAUGGCUUGUUGGCUCCAGUUGAGCAGUCCAUGCUGUGGAAGUUUAAAUCCAAGCUAAACAACCAUGCAUACAACCAGGACAUCAGCAUUUACAACAAAGAAGCAGAAAUGGGAGCUGAAAUGUCUGGAGUGCUCCUAACAAAUCUGUUCAAUAAGGCUGCAGAGAGCCAAGAAUUCAGUAUCUCCAGCUUCUUAAAGUACGACAAGAACCAUGACUGCCACAUCAUUUCUUUGCCCUUCACUGAGAGCCUUCCAGCUGCCUUUGAAAAAAUGAAAACUACAGUUCUCACUCUUCUCGAGUCCUUCCAGCAGUAUCUCAAUGGUCUGGAUGUCAAUGAUUUGGCCAGGCAGUUCAGGGAGAACCUGGAUGAAGUCCCACAAAUGGUUAGUGAUUUUAUAGAGGAAGCUGAUCUGGAGAACAAAUUCAAUAUGGCCAAAGAUAAAGUGGUCUCUCUGGCACAAGACUAUGCUGUCACAUUAGAUGAUCUGGAAGCAUCUAUGGAGAACCUUAAAGUAAACCUAGAAAAAAUCUUAAUUGAGUUGGCAACCAAAGUAAAUGACAUAAAGGCUCAAAUCAAAACGUUUGUUGAAAGUGGAUCCUGGGCUGAAAUUCUGACAAGUACUAGAGAUGCACUCAUGGCUUUUGAUGAAAAAUAUGAAAUUACCAGAACAAUUGUAAAAGUCAUCAGUGCCAUUGAAGAUGUAAUCAGACAGAUUGAUCUUCAGAAACUGCAGGAUGGCAGCAUGAAGUGGUUGAAAGAACUUGAUGCCAAGUAUGAAAUCAAAGCCAAAAUUCAGGAGAAAGUAAGUGAACUGAAAGAGGUCAUAGAGACCUUCGACAUGAAAAUGUUAGUUCAGGAUGUGACAGACUAUAUCAGCUCCUUUGAUUUGGCUCAAUAUGUGGAGCAGCUGUCUGAUUACAUUCCCUCUGAGGAUAUCCAAAAGGUUCUGGAGUCCAUGAAGGAUAUCUUUCUCAACUGGAUCGAGGAAUAUGAAAUUGUGGAAAAAAUUAACUACGUUUACUCAAAAUUAGGUGAACUAUUCGAGAAAUAUGAAAUACAAAAGAAGAUGGAGAGGUUCCUGGACCAAGCAAAGAUUCUCAUCAAGCAAUACAAAAUUCGAGAGACAGUUGAAAUGAUGGCAGAGGCUUUAAAGUCCAUUCCAUUUGAAUAUGUUUCAGACAAAGUCCUGCAACUCCUGGAUACCACUGUUAAUCAUCUAAAAUCAAUUGAUAUCAAACAAACCAUCGAUGAUUUAAAUGAUUAUAUUUUAAAGAUAACUGAGAUGAUAAAGAACUUUGACUACAACAAAUUUGUUGAUGAAAUUAAUGCAGGAAUCAGCAAAGUAACAAAUUAUGUUAAUGAACAAAUAAAGGUCUAUGAAAUUGCAGAGAAAAUUGAGGCGUCCAGGACAUUCCUAAGAGAGAUGCAAGCCUCUAUCUAUAAUUAUUUGGAGCAGCUUAAAAACACCAAGGUGGCCGAGAUUUACAGGAUGGUUAAGGGUGUAAUGGACACCACAGCUAUUAAGGACAUUAAACUGAAGAUCCAGGACACUCUUGAAGAUAUGAAGCAGAGGAUUAAUGACAUGGACAUCAGAGAUGAAAUCCUUGUUUACCUACAAAGAGCAAGUGAAUCCUACACCAAUAUAAUUGACUUCAUCUCCUCUCAUUUAAAAAGCCUGAUUGAAGAAGUUCAAAAGAUAUCCCAGAAUAAAGAAGUGCUUGAUAAAAUCCAAAAAGCAGUGGAAGAAGUCCUGGAUUUUCUAAGGGUGGCUGAGAUUGAAGUGGAGGCUUUUACUCUACCAUUUACUACACUGGAGGUCCCUGCGUUUCAGCUAAGCCUGGCAAGACUUCAAGACAUUUCUCUUCCAUCCAAGAUCACAAUCCCAGAAUUCGCAAUUCACAUUAACCAAUACAUCCUAGCCUAUGUUUAUGAGAUCGGUAUUGAUUUUGAGAUGAUUAAAAAUGAAAUCAUUCAAUUCAUUCAAAACAUUCAGGAAUUUGAGAUGCCAGAGCUGGAUCCUGAGGCCACCUUCGGUGAUUUAAGAGCUCUUUACCUGUUUAACUUGCCUGACUUCACUUUCCCAGAGAUCAGACUCGUAGAGCUCAAGUUCCCCCAAAUCAACGUUCCAAAGUUACAUUUGCAGGAUUUUAACAUCACCAUGCUGGCAGUUCCUGACCUCAAGCUGCCUCUAAUUCAGAUUGAACCAUGUAUCCCUGCUUUUGGCAAACUUUAUGGAGAGUUCAAAUUAAAGUCUCCUUACUAUUCAGUUACGACCACUGCAGCAAUCCAGAAUACAACAACUAAAAGCUCGGAUCCACAGUUUAAAGCUACUCUGACCUCUCAAGCUAAAUCUACUCUCCAGGCUCUUGGCUACACUUUGGAUACAGUGCUUCAAAUUGAGACCCCUAAGAUGAAGAAAAUGGUCAUUAGUGAGACAAUAAAAGUUGACCACAUGGCUUUUUCUGUUGACCAUGAGGGAUCCCUCACUUUGAAGAAUCCGUCAAUUGAGGCAUCAGCAAAGACAACUGUUAAGGCCACAACUGAUAUGUAUAAAGCUGAUUUUGUAAACAAUAUUGGACUUGCUCUAAAGAAUGGAAUAUCACUGACCAUGGACACAACUUGCAACCAUAACCUGGACGUCCCCUCUAUGGAUAUCACAGCACAAGCCUUGAUGACAAAAACAGCUAAGGCUCAGUUUGAGUCCGGAACCAUUUCUGUGAGCAUUGAAAAUAAGGCAAAUGGGAAAUGGUCCAUCAAGAACUACAAAGAUGAAGGCACCCACAAGAGCAAUAUGGAAUUCAGUGUCAACACCGGCACAGCAAAGCUCACAUUUGAUGGUGAAACCAACAGCCAGAGCCUCAAAAUGAAACAGUCAGUCAAUGCAGAGUCAGUUAUCCUGAGUUACAUCACCAUUGAUGCCAGCGCCGUGACAGAGACUCCUUUCAUGAAGUCAAGUGUGAUAAAGGUGACAGGAAAGGCUCAAAUGGAGGGUCUUAAAGUUGAACUAACAGCUUCACACAAUGCAGAUCUGAUCGGAAGAGUCAGCGGAACCGUGGCUAAUACCUGCGACUUUUUGGCGCAACCAUUUGAGAUAAGCCUUGAUUGCAAAAAUAAAGGAAACUCUAAAAUCCUCCUCCCCUUAAAACUAACUGCAAAGAUUGAUCUCCAGAAUGAUUAUAAGCUGGAUCUGAGCUGUGAAAAACAGCAUGCUUCUUGGGUGGCUCACACUCGGUUCAACCAGUACAAAUACAACCACGCCUUGAGCUUGGAGAACAAUGAGAAAGAUGCAGUAAUGUCUGUAUCCGUGGAUGGUGAGGCUAAUCUUGACUUUUUGACUGUGCCUCUGACCGUUCCAGAGAUGACUGUGCCAUACUUUGAGACCAAAACACCAAAGAUCACAGAAUUUUCCUUGUGGGAAGAUUUGGGAUUAAAAGACCUCCUGGCCACUCCUCGUCAAUCAGUUGACAUUGAUUUCAAACUCCAGUAUCAAAAGAACCCUGACAAGCAUACUUUUGACCUAGAUCUUCAGCCUGUCUACAAUGUCAUUAAUCAAAAUGCUAAAAUAUUAGGAAUACAGUUUGAAUUUGCAAGAGACAAAGCGCUCGAUGCCCUAACAACCUCUUAUAACCAAGCCAGGACUCAGUUUGCAAAAUUUAAAAUUGACACUUCCAACCUACCCCCAAGAUACUUCACUGUCCCUGGAUACACUGUACCAAUUCUAAACAUUGAAGUAUCAGCCUUUAGAGCUGAGCUACCUGCAUUCGGCUAUUUCAUUCCCAAGGAGGUCAGCACACCAAGCUUCAAGGUUCCAAUGAUGGGUUUCUCAGUGCCGUCCUACACCCUUGUUCUUCCAUCUCUGGAGUUGCCCGUCCUGCAUGUACCUGAGACACUGAGAGAGUUGACGCUGCCCACUUUUACACUCCCUGAUAUUCAGAACAAUAUCAUGAUUCCAGCUCUAGGAAAUGUGACCUAUGAUUUCUCAUUCAAGUCCCCAGUUAUCAGUGUGAGCUCUAAUGGUGGUCUCUACAACCAAUCUGACAUCGUAGUGAAAGUGGGAGCAUCCUCAACCUCUGUGUUUGAAUUCCUCAAAGCAAAACUUGAUGGAACAACAAGCAUCACCAAAAAGAGAGGUCUGAAAGUGGCAACGUCUGUCUCAGUGGAACACAACAAUGCAGAAUACUCUCAUGAAAGCACCAUCAGCCUCAACAGGAGGAACAUGGAGGCUUCUGUUGCAAAUAAUGCCAAAAUUAACUUGCCCAUUUUUACAAUGGAGUUCAAUCAAGUACUGGCUGGAAAUCCCAAGACCAAGCCUAAUCUUUCAUCCAAAACCAAACUACAGUAUUCUUACAACCUCCCAAUGAUGACAAGUGAAGGAAAUGGAAAUCUACAUCAUGCUUUCACACUUGAAACACUGUCAUCCUACCUUUCUCUGGAGAACUCUUUGAGGGCAAAGGUAGAUGGAGCGAUGCUGGAGAUAGGAAGUUUUUCAAAAGCACUCGAUAAUGAAGCAUCUCUGUACCUGAAUGCCAACGGUCUGCGUUCCACAAUGAAAACAGACAUCAAAUGUAAGGCUGAGUACAAGAAAAACAAAAUCUGGAGUGUCGACAUGACUGAGAACUUCGCUCUUGAUGCCUCUCUUAGACGUGUUUAUGCCACCUUGGGUUACUCAAGCAAAAAUGAGAUAAAUAUUGCAUCCUAUUCAACUAAUGGAGCUCACUCUGCACAGGGAACUAUUGAGUUUGUUCCACUGACAACACUGACCGGUAAUCUUAACUUUGAUUUGUCACAGUCCUCUGACCUUGGCCUUGCUCGCAUAGCUGAGAACGUCGAUAUUGCUCUGACUUUGGACAAACAGAAAUUCAUCUGGAGUGGCGUGGAACAGCUACCAUUCAUCAAACAUGCCAGUGAUCUGACGAUGUCUAAUGAUGAAGCUGAGGUGCGUAUUGAGAGUACAGAAUCCCUUGAAGGUCGUCUUGCAUUUUUGAAGUCCAUCAGACUGCCUGUCUACCAGAGAACUCUAUGGGAUGUCUUGAAGUUUGAUGAGGCCACCAGCACUGAUCAGCAGCAGUUCCUCAAUGUGUCGACAAAUUUGGUUUAUACUAAGAAUAUGGAGGGAACCCUGUUUGCACUGCCUGCAACAGUUUUUGAGAAUGGAGUUACUUUCGACAUUCCAGAAAUGACUCUAGCAGUGCCCGACUGGGUGAAGCAGAUCCCCCAGAUGAUCAGGGAAAUGGACCAGAGACUGGAACACAUUGAUGUUCCUGAUUACGUUUCAAUUCCACCAGUAAUCACCAUCCCAACUUUUGACGUACCUCUAACGAGUCUCAAUGUUCCUUCCUUCACAUUAGAUCUGCAAAAUCUCAGAAUCCCAAAACUGAUCAGCUCACCUGCUUUUGACGUAACCGUACCCGGACUCCCAGCGGUCAGAGUUCCCCAGUUUAACAUCGAUACCGAAUACAUGAGGGACAAAAUGGCUCUCCUGCUUUUGAAGCUGCCUCAGUAUGAAAUCACCAUCUCAGCCUUCACUCUACCCAAAACUUUCACUAUUGGAAAGCACACCAUCAAGCUGGACGACAUCACAAAAGCAAUCUAUCAUUUUGAGAUGCCAACUAUAACCAUUCCUGAGCAGAAGAUUGAGAUCCCGGAGAUUUCUCUGCCUCUGCCGGUCAGUGUCUUCAUUCCAAACUUCGGCGCGCUCUCGACUACUGUCAAAGUUUCAUCCCCAAUUUACAACAACACAUGGACUGCACAAGUGGAGAACAAGGAGCCAGGAUAUGAAUACACCCUGAAGUCUGCGUGCACUUCUACUCUGACCUUCCUAGCGUACGACUUGGAUGCUUAUGCGAAGGUCUUGCUUGAAAAUGGAGCCGUGAGUCUGAAUGGAAAAAGCACCUUCAUCCAUGAUGAUGUAAAAGUCAACUGGAAGCAUGACCUCAGACAGAACUUGAGAAUUAAACGGGAGGAGCCUUCAGAAUUAAGGCCAUCGAGUCACACUCUGGAAGUUGAUGUAAAGAGUCAGACCUUCACUGACGUGAGUUUCCGUUACGCUUCCUACAACAACGGAAUCACAUCUUCAGUCUCCUCACCUUCAGCCGGAUUCCUCGGACUUCAGUUCACAAGAAGAUCACCAUCUCAAUAUUAUGGGAAGCUGUUCAGCAGAUACCUGGCGACUCCAGAUAAAGACACUGAUCUUCUAAGUAUGAAAGUUACCCUGAAAAACGCUAAAAAGCUGAGUCUGCAGACGAGCUGGCAGCUCAACGGGUUCUUCGAUUUGCUGAACGGCUUUAAGGAGAAACUUCCCUCCAUCACAGCGGCUCUUCACGACUUCAUCAACAAAUACCACAGAGCUCAUUUAGGCCUGGACCUGAAUCGCGCCGCGCUAAAGCUGAAGAACUCCGUAUCCAACAGCAUCGACAGAGCCUACAACCAGCUCCCCAAAGCCAUGGACGCCAUGCAGAACUCCAUCGAGUACCUGAGUCAGCAAAGCACAGAGAUGGUGAAGAGGACGGUGGAGAAGAUGCCGGAGAUAAACCUGCAGGAGAUGAGCAGCCGGGUCUCCAAUAACGUAAAGGAACUGCUGAAAAGCUACGAGAAAAAUGUCAAGGUCCUGUUAGAAGCUGUGAUGAAGUUUCUGAGCGAGACCAAGUUCCACCUGCCGGGUCUGGAGGAGAAGCUGACGGGUCAGGAGCUCUAUAACAGGAUGAGACGCUCCGUUUCAGCCGCGGUAAAACGGGCGGCCAGCAGAUUCACCGGCCUCAUGGAGACUAUAGCCGACACCGUCUCCAAACACAUCAGCGGGGUGAACUUCAGACUUCCAGGCACAGACGUGGUUAUUAACGGUGGAGAGUUCCUGAAGGAUCUGAAGGCUGCUGUGAGAUCCGCGCAGGAUCAGAUCAUCCAGGCCAUGAAGAAAUGGGAAGGUGUGAAGCUGGAGAAGCUCCUGCAGAACCUGAGUAACUUUGUAAAACUCUGCAUCCAGAGAGCAGGAGAAUUCAUCGCCUCUCUGAAGGUGGAGGAGUUUGAGGAGCUCUCGGCUCGCGUCGGCGGGAUCUACACCGACGUCAGAAACCGGCCGGUGAUGCAGGAAAUCAGCAGGCAGAUCGAAGCCGCUAAAGUAAACGCAGCCGAUUACAGAGAUCAAGCUAAAGUGAGGGUUCAGGAGCUCUACAACGAGAUCUCUCUGGAGCGUCUGAAUUCAGACAUGAGUGAAGUUAUUUCAGCGGUAGAGAAUCGGCUUCGCUCUAACGCUGAUGACAUCAUCGAAUACGCAAAGAAAUCCUCAGAGUUCACGCAGCCCUACGUCAGGAUCUCCAGCAGAAAGGUGGACGUGGAUAUUCCUCUGCCUUUCUACUGGAACUCCUUCAGUGACUGGCCCAGCAUGACUUAAAUUUUUAAACAUUUCUUGUUUGAAUGUUUGUUUGAAUGUUUACUUGUUUUUUGAAACUAUAUGUAAGUGUUAUUCUUACUUAAAAAUCAUGUGUGAUAUGUUGUGUAUAAUUUUUGUACUGUUUCCCUAAUUUUUAAUAUGUGCUGAAAAACGGUUAAACUCACUCCUCCAGCACAAAUAAAGUCUCUGUUUGCAUUAAAA